UGUUAAUUGAUGGUAUUUUAUAUGCCUUUCAAGAACAAACUGUAGAGGACAUCGUGAUGUUAAAUGGGUUUGGUACAGUCGUCAAUGCUCUUGGACUUCGUGUGAAACCUUAUUUGCAACAAAUUACCUCUACUAUUUUGUGGCGUCUCAACAACAAAUCUGCAAAAGUUCGUCAACAAGCCGCCGAUCUAAUAUCUCGUAUUGCUGUUGUCAUGAAGACAUGUGGUGAAGAAAAACUCAUGGGUCACCUUGGUGUUGUCCUUUACGAAUAUUUAGGCGAAGAAUAUCCAGAGGUGCUUGGAUCUAUUUUGGGAGGAUUAAAAUCUAUUGUCAACGUAAUUGGCAUGUCAAGUAUGACACCACCCAUUAAAGAUCUUCUUCCCCGUUUGACGCCUAUCUUGAAGAACAGACAUGAGAAAGUACAAGAAUCUUGUAUUGAUCUUGUAGGUCGUAUUGCCGAUCGUGGUGCAGAAUUUGUUAGUGCAAGAGAGUGGAUGCGCAUAUGUUUCGAGUUAUUAGAUAUGCUUAAGGCACAUAAAAAAGGUAUCCGUCGUGCCACGGUAAACACAUUUGGCUAUAUUGCUAAAGCAAUUGGUCCUCAAGAUGUUUUGGCAACGUUACUUAAUAAUUUAAAGGUUCAAGAACGUCAAAACAGAGUUUGCACUACAGUAGCUAUCGCUAUAGUUGCCGAAACCUGUGCACCCUUUACGGUCUUACCCGCGUUGAUGAAUGAAUACCGCGUUCCAGAAUUGAAUGUUCAAAAUGGUGUUUUAAAG